GGAGAACACACCUUCAUUCACUGACUUCACGACAUCUACACGCAGCUUUCGGAGAGGCAUACGUGGUAGAUCUCACGCUCAUCACCUGAUCCCCUCUUUUCGCACUGCACGCUGCAAACAUGGAUGAUCUAGAAGGCGCCCCCGGCUCACCAGCACUCCAAUUUGACGAAGAGCCACAAGGCCUCAACGACCCAGACGACACCCUGAAUCCCGACAGAGAAGAAGAAAGCCGUCCAAACGCCCCUCUCGGCGAUCCGACAGCCGACGUCGACGCCUUUGAAGAUGAAGAAGCCCCUGAGACGGUGGAAGCGAUGAACGAAGCGGCGGAGAAACUGGCUGCUGGCGGCGAUGACUCUGACGAUCUCGGCGGCGGCGACGACUCCGAUGCGGAAUCUGAGCUGGAGGAGUUGGACGAGACGCAGUUUCAGGACUUUGACCCCUCUGCUUUGCAGAUUCCCGACAAGCCUGUGGCUGUGGACGAGAGCAAUGUAGGGCAGCUGGGCGUGCACAAACGCAAGCGAACGGAGGAAGAAGAGCGGGAGCGGAAGAGGAAGAAGAAGUUGGGGAAGAGGGAGAAGGUCAAGAAGAGUAAGAAGUCGAGGGGUGAUGUCGAUGAGGCGGAUUUCGAGGGCGGAGAGGAACUUGAAGGCAAGAGAGCGAGGAAGAGCAAACUGGGGGCGGAUGGCAGGCCGGUGAAGCAGAGGAGGGCGAGAAGUCCCGCGGAGGAUGAGAAUGAUGAAAAUUUGACGCCGGAAGAACGCCGUCGCCGAGCUCUCGACCGCAAGAUGGAUGCAGCUAUCGCAGCCAACCGCUCACGACCUCGUCGCCGCGGAGGCAUUGACCUUGAAGCCGCAGCCGACGCGGAGAUUGAGCACAUGCGUCAACGCAUGGCCAAGGCCUGUGAGCUGGACGGAGCCGCGCGUGCGAGAGGCGAAGUGGCCACGCACAAAUUGGCCAUCCUUCCUGAAGUUGUCGAGCUCAUGAACCGUAACACCAUCCAGGCGCAGCUGGUCGAUCCGGACAUCAACAUUCUCGAAGCCGUCAAAUUCAUGCUGGAGCCGGCGGACCACGACGCAGCACUGCCCAACUAUCGUAUUCAAAGGGAACUCUUCAGCAUACUGGGGCGAUUGAACAUUGGCAAGGAGGCAUUGAUUGCCUCGGGGAUCGGACGCAUUGUCCUCUUCUACACCAAGAGCUCGCAACCGCAACCGGAGAUCAAACGCGCGGCAGAGAAGCUGGUGGGCGAGUGGAUGCGGGUGGUGCUUAAGAAACACAAGAACAUGAAGCACACGCCAGUCGAGACGAGAGAGUACGAUCCGUUGCGAGCAUCGCAAGGUGCAGCGCGAUCAGCAGCAAGCCAAGCGGAGUUGGCGGCGGAGAGGCGGCGUAAGGUGCUGGCGCAGCCGGUGCCCGGAAACCGAGCGCGUGUGGAAGGCGGCGUCGGGACGUACACGAUUGCGCCGGUGAACAAUCUGAGCAAUGCCGGCGGCGUGAAUCGCAAGAUGGGCGCGAGUGGCGAGGAUGCGUUCCGGAAGAUUGCGCAGCGAAGUGCCGUGACUCAGUCGAAGAGGUGAGCGAGGCAAGACGACACGAGACGAGGCUGGGGGGUUGGCGGGCUUGCGGCAGUCGAGGCUAAGCGGGUGUUUGUGGCUUUCGGGGCUUGGUCUGCCUGUGCCAUGCGACUGCACGUGGCGUUUAGUCAGAGUGUGAUGCUGGGGAGGCGCCUUGGCCAUUGCAUUUCAUCAAUCAGUCAUCAUCGAUCGUGAGAAUCAAUUCUUCUGCUCGAUCGAGGGCAGUGAUUGUAGUCAGCUGUAGUGCAAGUGUGGUGUGUAGCCACGAGAACACGACGUAUGUUUGAGCACAGCCAAGGAGCACGUGAUCCAAGGCUCCUGCCAUUCAGAG